UUCUUCUCUUUCUCGCGGCGGCUGGGCCAGUCAGUCAGCGAGUCGCUCGCUCGGUGGUUCGUUCGGUUUGUGUUCCUGUCAGCGAGUGAGGCGGAGGAGGGCGGCGGCGGCGGCGGACUUGAGGAGAGCCGAGCCGAGGGAGCGAGUGAGCGAGCGCGCGCCCGGUCGGCGAGGCCGGCGAAGGGAGCGAGCGAGCGAGCGAGCGAGGCUUUUUGAGGGAGCUUUUGAAGGCUGAGGCGAUGGCGGACGUCCUGAGCGUGCUGCGCCAGUACAACACGCAGAAGAAGGAGAUCGUGGUGAAGGGGGACGAGGUGAUCUUCGGCGAGUUCUCCUGGCCCAAGAACGUCAAGACCAACUAUGUCAUCUGGGGGACAGGAAAGGAAGGCCAGCCAAGAGAGUACUACACUUUGGAUUCCAUUUUAUUCCUGUUGAAUAAUGUGCAUCUUUCACAUCCUGUUUAUGUCCGACGUGCUGCGACUGAAAACAUUCCUGUAGUAAGAAGACCUGACAGAAAAGAUCUGCUUGCAUACCUAAAUGGGGAAACAUCAACAUCAUCGAGCAUAGACAGAAGUGCACCACUUGAAAUAGGUCUUCAACGAUCUACUCAAGUUAAAAGAGCAGCUGAUGAAAUACUAGCAGAAGCAAAGAAACCAAGAAUAGAGGAUGAGGAGUGUGUGCGGCUUGACAAAGAGCGGCUGGCAGCUCGACUGGAGGGCCACAAAGAAGGCAUUGUGCAGACGGAGCAGAUCAGAUCGUUGUCCGAAGCCAUGUCUGUGGAAAAAAUCGCUGCUAUCAAAGCCAAAAUCAUGGCCAAGAAAAGGUCCACCAUUAAGACUGAUUUGGAUGAUGACAUAACUGCUCUUAAACAGCGAAGUUUCGUCGAUGCGGAAGUUGAUGUAACUAGAGACAUUGUCAGCAGGGAAAGGGUUUGGAGGACUAGGACAACCAUUUUACAAAGCACAGGCAAGAACUUCGCCAAGAACAUUUUUGCAAUUCUUCAGUCCGUCAAAGCAAGAGAAGAAGGACGUGCACCUGAACAAAGACCAGCACCAAAUACUGCACCAGUGGACCCCACUUUGCGCAACAAGCAGCCAAUUCCAGCGGCCUAUAACAGAUAUGAUCAGGAAAGGUUUAAAGGAAAGGAAGAGACGGAAGGUUUCAAGAUUGACACCAUGGGCACCUACCACGGAAUGACUUUGAAGUCUGUAACAGAAGGAGCUUCAGCACGGAAGACCCAAACCCCAGCAGCCCAGCCUGUGCCAAGACCAGUCUCCCAAGCAAGACCACCUCCAAACCAGAAAAAAGGAUCUCGAACACCCAUAAUCAUUAUUCCAGCAGCUACCACCUCUUUAAUAACUAUGCUCAAUGCAAAAGAUCUUCUGCAGGAUCUAAAGUUUGUGCCAUCUGAUGAAAAGAAAAAGCAAGGUUGCCAGCGAGAAAAUGAAACUUUAAUACAGAGAAGGAAAGACCAGAUGCAGCCUGGUGGAACUACAGUCAGUGUUACAGUACCGUAUCGUGUGGUUGAUCAGCCUCUGAAACUUAUGCCUCAAGAUUGGGAUCGUGUUGUGGCUGUGUUUGUACAAGGUCCUGCUUGGCAGUUCAAAGGCUGGCCAUGGUUGCUACCUGAUGGAUCACCUGUUGAUAUUUUUGCAAAAAUCAAAGCUUUCCACCUUAAAUACGAUGAAGUCCGUCUAGAUCCAAAUGUCCAGAAAUGGGACGUAACACUGUUAGAGCUCAGUUACCACAAACGGCACUUGGACAGACCAGUGUUCCUGCGUUUCUGGGAAACAUUGGACAGGUACAUGAUAAAACACAAAUCCCACUUGAGAUUCUGAAUUCUUGACUGCCAUUUUGUUUUCUCAAACUUUGGAUUGAGAACUUUGAAAACUGCUCUGGUCUACAGAGAGGAAGGAGUUCUUCUUGCCCGCAUUUGUCAAGAACAUUAUACAGAUAAAGAAGGGAGUCAUUGUUCAAUCUUUUUAUAAGACCUUGUUGGAUCAUCAUGUUGCAAUGACAAGCCCACAGCCAGUCGUCAUUACAAGCAAGGGAUUUUGCUUAAAACUAUUUUUUAAUAGCAUAAACCUUCUAGCCUGCAAUUCAAAUGUAUAUUUUGAUAGCAAGCCAUUUCUUCUCCAUUUUGUUAAACUAGCAACAUUUUUACAAUAACGUUUCUGUUCAUCAAUAGGAUAUAGGGUGAUUUUCAUGAAAGGUUACGAACUUGUGUGUGUAUGUAUAUAUAGAGAUAGAGGUAGAUGUUCUAAAUCACUUUGCUUCUGAGCAUAGCUCUUGGUUCUUUGCUUUAUCGUUUCACUUGUGGAAAACCUUUUGAUUUGAUUGGUAUUACCUUCUAGUCUAAAGAACUCUAGGAACUGAGCAAAGUGAAGACUGCUUUAGAUGAAUCAAAUUGUCAUUCUGUAUAUGUACUGUAUAUUCUUUCAGACUUUGGAAAAGGGAUGAAUAAAUCCAAACUGGCUUCUUUUGUUAUGAUAAUAGUUUACCAAAACUGUAAAAAGAGUAAUUACGAAUACAUUGGAAUUUUAAACACCCUCCUUGCAAAUUCCCUAAUUUAAAACUGCAUGUGCAUAAUCCUUGCAUGGAGGUGUAUAUAAAACUCUACACACACAAGAAUAUUUUCCAGAGUUUCAGGGCGUCUGGGAUUUUUAAAAUCUGAGUUGGCUAAAUGGAAUAAUAGAACCAGUUCUUUGAAUCCCAAUACAUGCAGAUCAUUUUUUCCUUAGACUUUUUUCUUAAAUUACCUUGGCAGUAUGGGAAACAUAGCAAGCCACGCGGGGGGGACCCGUUUUUUGAAGUUCAGUGCUGGCGUAAGUGAGGAGAUGCAGUGCAGAUUCUUCCCACAGGUCCAGGGCUUUUCUCAGUAUCACAGGGAUGUGUAAAGGAAUGGGAUUCCACUCUGCCGGGUAAUGUAGGAACCCAGUCUCAGUGCCAUAAGAAAUUCAAAGUCACCCAAGUUCCAAUUAUAGCUGGUUAAACCAGUUUUUCAGCAUUCGCAUGAGAUAGAAACUUUUCAGUAACCAAAGAACCUGUUUGCUUGAUCAGGAAUGAGCGAAGGAGAGGCAAGAAAAUACUGAUAUUUCUGUGAAUCUGCAUUUUACAAUAUAGUUGCUGAGUGCUGCACACCAGUGGACAUGCAAAAUGAUCCUUCACCGUUUACUUUCAUAUGGAUUUUUUGAGAUGAAGAAACUACUUAUUUCUGUUUUUCAAAUCCAGAACCAUGUUUUUAUGCUGAGUGUCUGAGGUCUGACAGAAGUAAAAUAUUCUCCAUAUUCUUCCUUAGUUUUGCUUUUAUUUCAUUUUCCAACUGGUUCUUUGUAUAUUGUUUCCUAAUGAACUGUUAAGGCUUUUCUUACUAUCUCCUUCUUAAGAUGCAGUUGAGAUCUAAAUGACUUUCUGAAUACUUUUCAUAUUUAUUUCUAAUAUACGGAGACUGUGACUUCUAUUUUGUUGUAGUUAGAGCAAGUAUCAAUUUUUCAGCCUUUCAGUGCUUUUUUAGUAAUGUUAAGAGUUCGCAAUGGUAGUAUUUUUGAAAGAAUAUCACAAUAGAACUAGAUGAACUAAAUCAGGAAUGGAAUGUGUUUUUAAAAUAAAAUGGGGUUUCAGAAAUCACUCA